AUGUCUAUGCUUUCCUCUCUACUUGUUGGCCUAUGGGCGCUCCAGUGCCCACAGGGCAUGACAAGCCACGCUGACCGGUGUGUACCACAGUCGUGUAUCAACAAUAAGACAGUUUGUGGGGCCCAUGGGGUCUGUGACAAACACGGCAUCUGUAGGUACAAAGACAGGCAAGCCGUUCCACGUGUCGUGAAGGAGCCCCAAGAGUGCAUGGACGGCGAGCUCCUCUGCAAUGGCCGCGGGCAGUGCGUGCAGCAGCCCGGUGGAAGCUAUCAAUGCAAGUGUGAGAACGGCUUUUCCCCCUUCGGCUCAUCAUCGCAUUGUGUUCCAGAUAUAUGCAUAACCGGCGACAAAUUAUGUAGUGGCAGAGGAGAGUGUGUGGACGACCGCGAAGCCGAUGAGCAGCGAUGCAGCUGUGUAGAGCUAGUGACUGGGAACCAGUGCGAAUCGUGCGACCAGGACGGCGUUGACGUAGAUGGGAAAUGCGUUUAUAGAGAAUGCGUGGUGACGUAUCCGGAUGGAACCAUAGGUGAAUGCAAUGGGAUCGGCGUCUGUGGAAAGCUCGAUGGCCGCUAUCAAUGUAUCUGCAGUCAGCUGGACUCAUAUACAAUCGAUCGCUUCACGUGCCUGGCCUAUGCUUGCUUAGCAAGUGAUCUGACAAAAGGAGUGUGUUAUCGUCAUGGCUUCUGUAAGGGGGGAAAGUGUAUUUGCGACGAGGGGCACAGUGGACACCUUUGCGAGAUCACCAGUGUGGGCUGCGACGAAGGAGAGACGCAGGUCGGAGAGCGAUGCUACCCGACAGGCUGCAUCAGUGAAAUAGGUGAGACAUCUCCUGUCUUAUGUAACGCUGCUGGACACUGCAAUUACAAAACAGGCGUCUGCGAAUGUUCUAUAGCGUACGUUGGCAGUCUCUGCACGGAGUGCGCAGAUACGGCAAUACUGUUCAACGGAGCUUGUGUCGACAAAGCAUGCGUCACAGAUGAGCCAGAUGGGAGCAUCAGCGUCUGUAACGGUCAUGGAAAGUGCAUAGAAGGCCUCGAGGACUCCGUGAAAUGUCUUUGCGAUCAGGAUUAUCGCACGAUUGGCACACUGCUCUGUUAUCCUUCUUCUUGCGUCAGGUUCAACGUUCUCUGCAACAAUCGUGGAACCUGUAUAGAUAAGGAAUGUGUCUGCGAUGAUGAUUUCUAUGGUGACUAUUGUGAGUUUUCUAAGUCAUGCCCCGCUGGCCAUCAGCUUGUCCUCGGCUACUGUGUGCCAAAUGUCUGCGUGACUACUUAUUCGGAUGGCUCCAAGACCGUCUGCGGAGGCUACGGACACUGUGUCGAGAAGGAAGGCGGCCACACCUGCGAGUGCAUUAAGGACGGCCGCUUCAUCAACGGCGCUUGCGUCAGUGACGCCUGUAUCACUAACAAGAUGUACGACGUAGUAUGCUCGAAUAAUGGUCAGUGCAAGGGAGGGGUGUGUUUUUGCAAAUACGACAACCCGUCGCCAACCUGCUCGUAG